AGGAAUUCCUUAAAGAAAAAAACAAUUAACAAAACUGGGCAUCAUUUCUAUGUGGAGAUCAAAUCAAGAACGUCGAGAAAUAUAAUGUGGGAAUUUAAUUAUAUCAACUGGAAUUCAAUUUCUCAAUAUGAUUGCCAAGCGAAAAAUUGAUGCGCCUUUGUCCUGAGAGUGUAAAUAUGGAUAUUGGAUGUACAAUCUGACAAAAUUCGCUAUAACUUAGCGGUUUGGAUUCAUGUGUUAAAGGGUAAUCAACUACCUUAUAGGGUGAAUUGCAAAUACACAUAAUACCUACAACAACAACAACAAAUAUCAGAUGAAGCAAAGAAUCGUGAGAAAUCUUCAAAAUAAAAGAAAUACCCUGCAACAACAACAACAAGUAAAUCAAAUAAAUAAAGAAAAGCAUCUGCAACCAAAAUACGUCAACAUUAUCUCGUGUGUUUAGUUUAAGCAUUAAAGAAAUCAAGUUAAACGAAAUAUAAGAAGAAGAAGAAGAAAAAAAAUUCCCAAACGAAAUAGAAGCUGAGGCGUUAUUUUUUCGGGAAAUCGACAACAAGAAAAAAUGUUGCAAAAUCAACAGUAACAACAACAACAACAGAUUACAACCACUUCUCGCCAUAACAUCAUCAACAACAUCCUUUUUUUUUCGUUUGCCCAAACAACUCGAAAAAACGACGAGGAAGAAGUUCUGCAAAAGUUCAAGUGGUUGGUUUCCAUCCUCCUCUGUUUCUCAUUCAAAUUUCAUUCAUCAGAAGUUUUGGUCGUUCUGUUGUAACAACAGCUGUCAGCUGGGUUUUUUUUCUGGUGGUGGUGCUACUACUUAAACUCUACACCCAAAAACCAGCUUUGCGCAGACGCUGUUUUCAACUUCUGGGCUCAGUUGAAUUUAAGUACGGAGGCAUAUACAACAACAGCAACAACAACGCUGUUGUUAAACAGUAAAUUUUUCAAAUUUUCGUUACUUUUUUCGGUUUCCGUCAACAAACUUCGGUGUGUGUGGCAGUGCGUCAAAACGAGCAACCAACAACCUACCGGCAACCGGCGACCUACACGAUAACAUUUAAUUGGAUUUUUUAUUUGUUUGUACUUCUCUUUUUCGUUGUUUCGUUUCGUGUAUUUUCAUUUACUGCCUAACUUCGUUUGUUGUCUGUUUGACUGGCUGCCUACUUAUCGUCAGUCGUCGUAUUUGGCUGCCUGUCUGCCUUUGCAUAAUGUUUGUUAUCUUCGCGGUAUCAUCAUCAGCAACAUCAUCGCCGGCGUCCAACACAUCAUAUGUUUGGUGAAUCUGUGUUAAGCAGUCAACGUGUGGUAUUAGCAAAAAAAAGACAAAAAAUAAUUCCAUUGAAAACAUAAAUUGAUUUAAUGGUCUUCUUGUUGGAGGAAUUGCAGCAAAACUUUAAAGUUUUGGCUUUCGCCGCUUAAAUAACCGCCCCUCAAAGGCGGUGGUGGUUGGUUGGGCUUCAUUCUUAAUUUCAACUUUUGUUUCUUAAGUUUCUCAACACUCUCCAACUAUCAAAGCUGUAAAAUAUUAUUACUAACACUCACACACAUACACAUCAUAAAUCAUCUUGUCAUCAGUCAUCCGGAGUUAUCGUCAUGGAUCAUGCUGUGAAAGCUACACGUGGUCGUCCUUGGAAUACACUGCGUUUCGAAAACGAUGAACUGGAAUGUCUCUAUCAACGUUACACACUCAAAUUGCAGAGGUUUUCGGUGCUGGGAGUGGUGGCCCUGGUUGUGGUGCUAUGUGGUGUAAUGGCCGCCUUAUCCUUUGUCUACAAUUACACUGCAACAUUUCAUAAUGUCUUCAAUUCAUUUGUGUGCCUCCUAUUUGCCAUAAUUUUAAUUUUGUUGCAAUGUCGCGUGAUCAAGGAUCAUCAUUUACCCUGCCUUUGCUAUGGCAUUCUAUUAUUUACUGCUGCCAUUUGUUUUGUUUCGAUGCCGACAUUGGGUUCCAUAUUUCCGGUUGACACCAAGGAGGUCAUGGCCGAAGGUGUAUGGCAAAUCGUCUUUGUGGUCUUUUUGGCUUAUGCCAUGAUGCCAUUGCAAAUCUGGGAAGCUGUUUGCUUUGGCAUUACACUACCCCUGGUGCACAUCAGUUUAACUGUCUAUAAAAUAUUUACAGAUGCAUUUCGUUAUUUGGAAUAUAAUCAGCUUAUAGCCAACAUUGUUAUGUUUAUUGGUGUUAAUGUCGCCGGUCUAGUCGUUAAUAUCAUGAUGGAACGUGCACAGCGUCGUGCAUUUUUGGAUACACGAAAUUGCAUUGCCGCCCGUCUAGAAAUUCAGGAUGAAAACGAGAAACUGGAGAGACUUUUGUUGUCGGUACUACCUCAGCAUGUUGCAAUGCAAAUGAAAAAUGAUAUAUUGUCACCGGUUGCCGGGCAAUUUCAUAGAAUUUACAUACAGAAGCACGAGAAUGUGAGCAUUUUAUUUGCCGAUAUUGUUGGAUUUACGGUGCUAUCAUCACAGUGUAGUGCACAGGAAUUGGUAAGACUGUUAAAUGAACUUUUUGGAAGAUUUGAUCAGUUGGCGCAUGACAACCAUUGUUUGCGCAUUAAAAUUUUGGGAGAUUGUUAUUAUUGCGUUUCGGGUCUGCCGGAACCGCGAAAGGAUCAUGCCAAAUGUACAGUAGAAAUGGGUUUAGAUAUGAUAGAUGCUAUAGCUUCUGUUGUUGAGGCCACCGAUGUCAUGUUAAAUAUGCGCGUUGGCAUCCAUACCGGCCGUGUUUUGUGCGGUGUCUUGGGUCUGAGAAAAUGGCAAUUUGACGUGUGGUCCAAUGAUGUAACAUUGGCCAAUCACAUGGAAUCGGGUGGUGAGCCGGGUAGGGUACAUGUUACCCGGGCCACGCUAGAUGCUUUGUCGGGUGAAUAUGAAGUCGAGGCUGGUCACGGGGAUCAACGAUCUUCAUAUUUGAGAGAUCAUGGUGUGGAUACAUAUUUUAUUGUACCACCACCACACAGGCGCAAGCCCUUAAUGCUCAACACCCUGGGUGUGCGUUCCGCCAUUGGAUCUCGUCGAAAACUCUCAUUCCGCAAUGUCUCGAAUGUGGUGAUGCAAUUAUUGCAUACCAUCAAAUUUUCCGAACCUGUACCAUUUUCCAACAUUGCCACCGGCUCAUUUCCCUCGUCGGGAGGAAAUGCCAGCGGCCGUGGCAGUACAAGUGGCGGUGAUGGUCAACUGGAAAAGGGAUCACGAAAGUCAAAAGUUACGGACAAAUUCAAACGACCCUUUCGCAAGCGUCACUCCUCGGUCCAUCAUCAGCCGACAAAUCGUGUUAAUCGAUUCCUAUCACAAGCAAUCAAUGCCCGUUCGGUGGACUGCGACAAAUCGGAACAUGUCGAUCGUAUCACUUUGCGUUUUCGCGAAAGCGACAAAGAACGUGAAUAUCGCAAAGAUUUCGACUUGGGCUUUACCACCGCCAUGGGCUGUUCACUGCUGCUGUUGAUAUUGGGCGCAGCACUGCAGGUGACUGCUUUGCCAAGGACCUUGAUAUUGUUGUUACUUUUCCUAACCGCUUUCGUAUGGGUCAGUGCCAUAUUGAUGUUGUUGCUGGCCGUACGUUUGAAAUGGAUUGUUUGGGAUUUGUCACAGAGUUUUACGCUGCGCAUGGCCAUCACCAUAUUCACGGUGAUUUUGAUCUAUUCCGUCGGCCAGGUGAAUGUGUUUACUUGUGUAUCGGAUCAUCCCUGUUCCAGCAAUGUGACCACCACAACACCCACCAUGGAAGAAGACCUUCUGAUGUUGAUACAUCAAAAUGAUGCCCAUCGCAAAUGUUCGCUGCCACAAUAUGUUUCGUUAUCGGCCACAUUUGCUUUCCUCUCAGUGUCGGUAUUUUUAAGACUGCCCAUAAUAUUUAAAUCUCUGCUGGUGGUCACAAUGGGUGUCGUCUAUUGUCUAUUUAUUGAACUCUCCCAUACGAAUAUCUUUGACUGUUAUGACAGCCGUGUCAAUGCUGCAAUUCCACUUCAUUUGAUAUCAUUGGCCCGUAUUAUCAUCUUUAUGAUUGCCAUCCUUGUCCAUGGUCGUUUGGUUGAGUGGACAGCCAGAUUAGAUUUUCUCUGGCAGUUGCAGGCAUCACAGGAGAAAAAGGAGAUGGAUGUGCUACAGGAAUCGAAUAAAAGGAUAUUACACAACCUGCUGCCAGCCCAUGUGGCAGCCCACUUUUUGGAUAAUCAAUUUCGCAGUAAUAUGGAACUGUAUCAUCAAAGCUAUGCCAAGGUGGGUGUCAUAUUUGCCAGUGUACCGAACUUCCAUGAGUUCUACACUGAAAUGGAUGGUUCGGAUCAGGGCUUGGAAUGCUUGCGUUUGUUAAAUGAAAUUAUAGCCGAUUUUGAUGAGCUAUUGAAAGAAGAACGUUUUCUGGGCAUUGAUAAAAUCAAAACUGUUGGCAGUACUUACAUGGCUGUGGUGGGCUUAAUACCGGAAUACAAAAUCAAUCCCAAUGACCAGAAUUCUGUGCGACGCCAUAUGACCGCUCUUGUGGAAUAUGUUAAGGCAAUGCGUUUAUCUCUGCAAGAGAUUAACAGUCAUUCCUAUAAUAAUUUUAUGUUAAGAGUUGGUAUCAACAUUGGCCCUGUAGUAGCUGGUGUCAUUGGCGCCCGCAAACCCCAAUAUGACAUCUGGGGCAAUACAGUGAAUGUGGCCAGUCGCAUGGACUCGACCGGUAUACCGGGCUAUACCCAAGUCACACAAGAAGUUGUGGACAGCCUACAAGGCUCCCAUUUCGAAUUCAAAUGCCGCGGCACAAUUAAGGUCAAGGGUAAGGGUGAUAUGAUCACCUAUUUCCUGAAUGACAACAGCAGUAAUGCCUUGAAUGGAGAGGUGCGCAAUGCCAUGCUGGGCAAUCGUGCCCUUACAAACACGGCCUUUGGCGGUGGUCCGGCACCCCAGACCCAGUUACAGGCAACCGACUAUUAUCAGAAACAAUCGCAGGAUAAUAGCUACCACUUGAACAUGAAUUCGGAAACAUAUAAUGUCAAGAAGGAUACAUAUGGCUAUAUGGAUCAAACGGAUCCUGUCAACGCCCUCAACAACACCAAUAAUUUGCUAAUGAAAAACUCCAAUGAGGAACAACAGCUGUUACUGCAACACAUGCAGCCCCAACAUCAUCAGCAUCAUUUGGCCCAGCAACAACAACAGCGAAUGAACAGUAAAUUACAAAAACAACCAUUUUUAGCCAAUGGCGGCUUGCCCAAUAUCCAUGAGAAUGGGCAUAAUGGCAAUGAGGAGCUGCAUGGCAACGGCGGUUACACCAAUGGCGUUGGGAACAAUGGAUAUCAGCAGCAGCAGCAACAACAUCAACGUAAUCAUUCGUCUAGCUCUAUGAGCAGCAUGGGUUUAAAUCCUAAUUCCCUACCACCUAAUCAACAUCCGCCUCUACCACCAUUACCGAAUUCAUCAUCGUCAUCCAUUUUGGCCAAUUCCAAUGCCUACCUACAACAACAACAACAACAGCAACAACAUAACCUCAACCAUAACCACCACCAAACAUCACUGUCAUCAUCAAGUGCACAACCUGCCACAGCCACAGCAGGUCCUCUGGCCCCCACAUCAUCUUCUUCGCUACAACAGCAUGAUCCCUAUGCUCCGCUGGAGAAUUUCAAUAAUCUUAUGUAUGGUGCGUCGGCGGCGGCGGCGUCAGCUGGUAAUGGUAAACGCGAUAUGCGUGAUCUGCAUGUAUCGUCCUCCUCCUCCUCUUCGCAACAUCCUCCGCAAGCAUCAGCAUCCAACUAUCAUCAUUAUUUGUAUCAACAACAACAGCAACAACAACAACAACACCAGCAUCAUCUUCACCAAAACAACAGUAACAGUAACUCGAAUAAUCAUCAUCAAAUGCCUACUCCUCCUCCACCUACUUCUAACCAAUUUCAUUACAAUAACAAAAACAAUUUCAAUAAUCAAAAUGGCUACAACAAUUCCGAUAGUCACUAUCUGAACUAUAAUAAUUGUCGCGAAAGUGAACCGUUGUUGCAUGCCACCCAAGUGGCCAAGAUAAUGUCAAUGCAGCAUCAUCAGCAACAACAACAACAACAAAUGCAUCACACACCCACUAAAUAUGAACCGCCUCGUUAUAUGUGCCCCAAUAAUGUAUUUGUACAACAACAACAGCAACAGAUCCAACACCAACUCCAACAAUACCAAGCCCAGCAGCAGCCACAACCACCCCUACCGCUAUCGAAACAGCAACAACAACAACCACAACAAUACCCUCUGUACUCCCAACAGCCCCAGCCUCCUCUACCAGCCCUACCACCCAAACCUGCCACAUUAACAACGAGUCUAAAACAGAAUACCCCUCUUCUACGCUCCUACAUGAAGCCACUACCGAAACUACCGAACGAACUGGAAGAGAGUCGUGAAAUGUCUUCCACCGACGACCUCAGCUCCCGACCACAUUCACCCUCAAUGAGUUCUUCGGAUGAGAGCUAUUCCAAGACCACCGAGGGUGAGGGUGAAGAAGAUUCGCCGCACCGUCUAAUAGCAACAGGAGGAGCAGCGGCAGCAGCAGUCAAUAGUCAUCACAUGGCCAAUCGCAACAAUGGCAGCAAUGCCCUUCAAUGGCUAUAUCCAUGCGAUAUACAAGUGGAUCCGACCUCACCAGUCAUUGAUAUGUCGAACUUGAAGGACUUUGAGGUCAGUUCCACCACUGAGAGUCAGGGCCAAUAUACCACCACCACACAAAAUAAGGGAGAUUCAUGUAACAGUUUCGAGUAUCAGGAUCGUUUGGCCUUGGCACAGAGUCAGAAGACAGCAAACAUGUCCCAGGCAACAUCGGGCAGUAGUGGCAACCAGAAUGUCACCAAGUCACCAUUUGAGAGGGAAUUGCAAAGACUGCUAAACGAAUCUUCGAGGGCAAGGGGAUUGGCAAAUAACCACAAUUCUGCAGCUGCCACCGCCUCUUCGUCGACGGGUGGCAAUGUCACUUCUGGUUCCUUGGGCAAUGUUGAGGCUGGCAACACGACCAGCAACAGCAGUAGCCGCAACAACAUUGACAUCAGCUAUUCGGGCAGCAACAGCAAACUGAGUUCCAAUGGCUUAAAUGUGGCCGCCGGUAUUGGAGGCAGCGGUAGCUUGGGCAGCAAUGGUAAUUUAAGCGGCAGCACACCUCUCAGUGGCAACAACAAUCUGAAGAAUGUCACCACCGCCAUGGCAGUCACAAUGUUGGAAGAGCUAAACUCACCCACCAGUGGACACAGGCAGGGCUCCAAGAUACCUGUUAGUACAAGCUUUAUGAUUGCCAAACAUCCUGUGGGUCUAGAGGCUAUCAAGGAAAUAACCCGCAACAAGAAUCCCUCAGAAUCCAGUCAAAUGCAAACAUCGGACACGGAGUCGUGUGAAAUUUUACACGAGACCCGUAAUCAAUUGAAUCUGGCCAUGAUGGACCACCAUCACAACAGCAUGACCAAUAAAUCCUCGACCUCAACCAAUGGUACAAACUACAACAAUUUUCCUCAGCAGACGGCACCUCUGCCACCAGCACAGGGCCACCACUUGCAACAGUCAUCGUCGCAGGCAUCCACCAAAGAACACAAUCAUCGUCACAGAGUACGGCCACGUUCCAAAGACUAUGAUCAGAGUCACGAAAGUCUCGAUCAGCUGCAGGAGGCGGGCGAAUCAAAGUCGAAUGGUCGUUAUAAUCGGCAUCAUCAUCAUCACCACCACCAUCAUCAUCAUCACAAUCAUAAUAAUCAUCAUUCACGUCCCACCCGAAACAAUCAUCAUCAUUUGGUCAACAAUCACGAUCAGGAUGAUGAGCGCGAUGAUACCGAAGAUAAUUUGGCCGAUGAAGAAUUCGAAGAUGAUGAAGUGGGUCGCGAUGUGCGAAAGAAACGCCUGUUGCCACCCACGGAAUUGGUAAAUCAUUAUCGCAGUGAUGACGAGGAUGAUGAUGAUGAUGGUUGCAGAGGUAGGGAGGGGUUGGAAGAUGAUGAUGAUGACGACGACGACGACGACGAAGAUCAUGAGUGUGGUCCCGAAGAGGCACUGGUCGGCGGCGGUGGAGUUGACAACAGGGAUAUAGGUUUGCUAAAUGGUGGUGGCGGCGGCGGCGCUGGUGCAAACAGCGGCAAUUAUCACGAUCACCGUUUGGAUUCACUGGAAACGAAUGUGAUAAAUGAUGAGCUCAAAUAUGGUGCCGGUCAUCAUAAUCAUCAAUCGAUGGACUCGAAUCAUUUGGAGAGUCAAUCGGAAUGGUCAGAUGAUGAUUGUCGGGAAGAGGCAACAGGCGGUGCCGAAUCCACCGGUUACAUAACCGAUGAGCCGGGUUUGGAAAAUAUCUCUCUACUUAAUGAGGCUGGUCUAACCGAUGCCGAAGGUGCUUUAUCCGAUGUCAAUUCUUUAUAUAAUGCUCCCGAUGUUGAUGAUACAUCUGUGUCGAGUCGUGCCAGUUCAAGGCUCCUUAGUUUAGAUUCUCUCAGUGGUCUCUAUGAUUGUGAUAUGGAUUCAAAACAUGAAAUGGCUAUUGUUAAUGUCUCCAAUAAGAUAACUAGUAAAUUUGGACCACCUCAGCAGCAGCAACAGCAACAACAAGGACAGCAGCAGCAACAAGGACAACAACAACACCAAUCACAAAAUCAUCAUCACACCCAUCCACAACACCAAUAACAAAAGCAACAACAACCAAGUUAAUUAAGAUCAAGGCAACUUAAUACUAUUAAUACAUAUGUAUGUUUAUUGUACCACAACAGCAACAACAAUACAACACCGCCUGUUUGGUAAAUAUAACAUGGCGUACUAUAUAUAUAUAGACGAUAUCAACCAAUGCGAUUAUUGUAGUAACUUAAAACUCCAAAAAAUGAAAAUGCAAGCAAAUAUUUUUUUGUUUUCAAAAAAUUUUUUCUUAUUUUUAUUUCAAAAUUUAUUAGAUGUAAGUUCGAAUACCCAAAAUUGGGAAAUUGAAAAUCCAGUAAUAUGAUUACAUGUUUUCGCUAACGAAGGGGAAAUGAUGCGGGAUUUUUUUUUCGGAGUACUUAGGGGAUGAUAUAAUUGGGAAGAGGUAAAAUGUAGAAAAGUUUGGGGGUGUAUUUGUUAUUCAGUUGAAAAGGCCUUCCAUAAUUCUAUGGAUAUCUUAAAUGAAUAUUUAUAUAAAAUAUCCGGGUUAUAACCCCAAGGUUAUUUCUUAUGUUCAAAUUGAUAUUUUCAUUUGCUUCUGAUACUGACGUUGGGCGCCACAAUAUAAUUAUAUUAAAUAUUUGCGUUGGGCGCCAUUUAAUAUUCACAAAAAAAAAAAAAAUCAUGAUAUGAUUCCAUAUUUCUUGGUGGUUUAAAUGGACUCCAAAAAACGUUGCUGAUUUUUUUCGCUCUUCACCUAAAAUCUAAAUUAUCAAAAAAUCUGUUAUAUGAUAUGACAAAGCAGACAAAAUCUGAGAAACGUACAAAAUUUGUACCGGAAGUAAAUAUUUUUGCGAAUUCGUCUGCUAUUUGUUUCGAAUUAUUCCUUAAUAUUCGAAAAAAGGUUAGAUUACGGUAGUCGUCGUCAAAAAUGAACAACGGUAUUGGGGUUGUCGUUUUUUGUCGAUAGCGACGAAUGAUUGCUAUUAUCAUAGACGAAACAGUCGACGUGAAGUCGUUUCUAUAGAAUAUCUGUCGCCGUAAAAAAUUGUGACGACAUUGUAUUUUUAGCCAACAUUAAUAUUUUAACCAUUUUGUAUUUGAUAUUUGACCAUGAAAAUAACAACAGCAAAACAAUUUGGAAAUAUUGAACUCAUUUCCUACUAAUAUCCUCAAUGCUGUGGCCAGUUGAAACAACUCUAGUUUAGUAAAAACUGUUCGAUUUUUUGAAAUUUUUUCAAGAGUUAAGCAUUUUUUCAAUAUAGUUAUCGUUUGAAAAAUACCUAUCUAACAAGUGGUCACAGAGGAGAGUAUCUCUGGACCCAAAAAUUUUAAUUAAAAAUAAUUUAAGCACAUAUUUUAAUUAAAAUAUGUACUUACUUGGAGUCAGGCAAUGGAAAUAUAUUUGUUUACUGCCUUAGCACUCGCCGCUGCCAACAAUUUUGACAAACUUUUGAUGUCGCUUCUAUACCUUACCGUAAUCGAAGCGACGGCGAUGGCAACUUCCACAUAAAGUCGACGAGGACUAUAGGACGACAACCGUAAUUGGGCCGAAUAAUUUGGAGUUAAUGUUAUGUGGAGCUAAUCCCAAUAUCUGGCAAUAUCUUGUAUUAAGAAAUUUUACCCUUUUGGAUUCCAAAAUAGUACUCUGUAGGAUCGAUAUUAAAUAUUUACUCCGUAGAGAUUAAAUAUUCCACAUAAAAAGUACGCAUUUUGACUAUAAUUUGUUGGAUCCAAUUUGGAUGGAAUAUGAAUUCAAUUUUGUUGAAGCCACUAUAAAGUUUUCCAAUUAAGAGUGUCAUUUCGUUUGUGACUAAAGUCCGUUUUUAAAAUUACAUUGGGCGCCAAUAUAAUUCAACUUAAAUUUUGCUUGAAAUAAUUUUUAAAAUUUCAUUCGUCGAUAAAAAAAUCAAUAUCUCCUGAGUCCAAAUUACAGAUUUACAGAUUACAGAUUUAUUUUAGAAUAUUUUGAAUUUGAAAUUAUAUUGGGCGCCAGUUUCAACUAAUUUUAAAAAAAUUUAAUCAUUAAAUGUAGGUUGGGCGCCAGCGUGACACUUAAAUUAUAUUGGGCGCCAGUUUCAAUUACAAAUUAUUAUCCAAUGCUCCUCAUUGGAAACAACGAAAAUAAAUAUAUUUUCAAAAUAAUCUUAUCAAACUUUCGUAACCUUAAUUAUUCGUCCAUCUCGUCACUACCGAUAAAAUAUUUGUUUUUAAUUCUACGUUGGGUGCCAGGAUUGGUCAAUUUCUUUUGUGACAGAGGUUGACGAUUCCAUUUCUAAAAUCCUCCCCUUCUCAAAUACAUUGGGCGCCAGGAAGAUUUUAUUUAAAUUAUUCAGCAUUCUGUUGACACAAACAAAUAUUUUGCCUUUUAAAUACAUUGGGCGCCAGCCGUUUUCUUGAACAAAACAGACGGACAUAUUCAAAUGUCAUUUAGAACAGAUUUUCUAAAAUCCUCACCUUCCAAAUUACAAUGAGCGCCUGGAGUAUUUGAUUUUAAUUACAUAGGGCGCCAACCGUUUUCUUAAAAAAAAAAAAAAAAACAGACGGACCAAUUCAAGGAUCAGUUAGAACAGAUUUGUAUCGAAAAAGCCUUUUAAAAUAAUGUUGGGCGCCAAGAUAGUUUAGUUUUAGUUCUCAUAGAAUCCAUUGUGCAUUUUAUUUUUGUUUCUUUCUAAAAAAAAGGUGGGCGCCAGAGCUAGAUGAUUAUAUACCCAAAAUCGUCAGCUACAAAAUUAUUUUGGGCGUCAAUAGGAGUUGAUUUCGAUUGUUUUAUCAAAUAUUUUCAUAUUCUUUUCUAUGCAACAAAUACGUAACUACUUAAAUGACGCUGGUCGCCAGCCUUAUUCGAUUUCAUAAAAGUGGACCCAUAAAACUGUAAUUUCCAUGACUACAUACAUACUAGUUUUCAUCAAUAAAAUCCACCUCUUAAAAAUAAUAGUCAAUUUUCAAAAAUUCUCACAUUUACUUUAAUCGCCACCAACAGCAGUGGCAACCCCUAAUACAAUUUUUUUUAAACAUAGCACAUAUGUUGGGUGCCAAUUGUCAUAUUUUUACUUCAAUAUUAAUAUUAUUUCCGUUUCAAAUUUUAAUAGCACUUAUAUCUUUUAAAAAUCGGUAAUAACAUUCCCAAUUGUGCGUCCAAUCCCCACCAUCAAAAUUUGCCUUAGCGCCUAGAGACUCAAUUUUUGGUCGUUAUAAAAUAGAAGCCUUGCCUUUUACUUUUGUACCCCUUCAGACAUAGCCCAUCAUUUACUAAGUAGGUCAUGAAAAGUUCAAAGACCCCAUGCAAAAUUAAAAUAAGUAAGCAAUGGUUAUAUUUGGAUAACACAAAUCAGUGGCACUCUGUUUUGUAAAAUCAUAUGAUCCCCGAUUUUUUUUCUUUUGAUGAUUCCUCAACUUCAAAUUAAAGUUGGGCGCCAAGAUAGGUUGGUUUCAAUUUUGAUAGAAUUAUUAUGGUUCCCCCCAAAAACAAACCCGUGAUCCAUAAAUUUAAGGGCCAUAUAGUCGAUAGUUUUAUGGCGCCCAACGUAAUUAAUCUAAGGCCUAUUCGACGGCAAAUUUAACUUCUAUUGAAAAACUACAUUUCCAAAACUUCUUACUGCAUCUCUCCCCAACUAUUUUCUUUCCAAAACAUCCCAAAAAUUCGGUAUCACAACCUUCGAAAGGAAACACCAAAUUGGAAAAAAGGUCUAUUAAAAUUAUUUAUAAAAAAAAUACAUAAAAACAACAUUUUUCAGAUUUCUUAAUGUAUAUGUGUUAAAAUAAAACUUAAGAAAGAAAAUCAAGAAAAAAGAAAAUUAAAAAAAAACACACACACACACAUAAAAAUGAAAGUAUUUUUUGAUAGCAGUAUAUAUGUAUACAACACUGAUUAUAUAUGUAUGUAUAUUUAACUAGAAUUUAAACAGUCAUUGAGUAAAAAACAAAAAAAAAAAUGGAAAAA